AUGGACGAGCGGCUCCACAAGUGGCUCCUGCCGCCGCUGCUGACGCUGCUCUUCGUGCUCAUCAUGUACCAGUACGUGUCCCCGUCCUGCCCCGGCGCCGCCUGCCCGCGCCGCCCGCCAGCUACGCACCGCGGGGCCCCGGCCCGGGGCGCCCAGCAGCCGCAGGAGGAGGGGGCGGCGGCGCUGCCGCGGCUGGUGCCCAAGUUCCCGUUCGCGCGGGCCGAGCUGUACCGCCGGGUGCAGUUCGACAUGCGGGGCCGCGACGUGAUCGUCUUCCUGCACAUCCAGAAAACGGGCGGCACCACCUUCGGGCGGCACCUGGUGCGCAACAUCCGCCUGGAGCAGCCCUGCUACUGCCGCGCCGGCCAGAAGAAAUGCACCUGCCACCGGCCCGGGGGGGACAAGGACACCUGGCUCUUCUCCCGCUUCUCCACUGGCUGGAGCUGCGGGCUGCACGCCGACUGGACCGAGCUCACCAGCUGUGUGCCCUCCGCCAUGGAGCGCAGGGGCUGCCCCGGCAACUGCACCCUCAGGAACUUCUAUUACAUCACAAUGCUGAGGGAUCCAGUGUCACGGUAUUUGAGUGAAUGGAAACAUGUCCAGAGAGGUGCAACGUGGAAAACUUCCCUCCACAUGUGUGAUGGAAGAAGUCCAACGCCAGAUGAGCUGCCUACCUGUUACCUAGGGGAUGAUUGGUCUGGAGUCAGCUUGCAGGAGUUCAUGGAUUGUGGUUACAACCUGGCUAACAACCGCCAGGUUCGCAUGCUGGCAGACCUGAGCCUGGUUGGAUGUUACAACUUGACUUUUAUGAAUGAAAGUGAGAGAAAUAUGAUCCUUCUCCAAAGCGCCAAGAACAACCUGAAAAACAUGGCCUUUUUUGGACUCACAGAGUUUCAGAGGAAAACACAGUAUCUCUUUGAGAGGACAUUCAACCUUAAGUUCAUUUCCCCAUUCACCCAGUUCAAUAUUACCCGGGCCUCUAAUGUGGAUAUUGAUGAAGGGGCCCGGAAACGCAUAGAGGUGUUGAACUUCCUGGACAUGCAGCUUUAUGAAUAUGCUAAAGACCUCUUUCUCCAACGCUUUCAGUACUCCAAGCAAGAGGAGCACCAGAAGAACCGGCAAAAACGGCGGGAGGAGCGGAGGCUACUCCGGGAGCAAAGAGUGCACCAGUGGCAGAAGGAAGAAGCAGCAGCAGAAAUAGCUGUUACUGAAGAUUAUAACAGUCAGGUGGAGCGAUGGUGA